AUGCUUGAAAUAAUGAAGCGACUAGAGUUGGCUCACAUUUUCCAACUCGAUAUCAACAACGGCGAGGUUACCAACACCCCGGCAGGAACCUCACUAUGUACAAUUCUCACACAGUCUCGUCUCACUCAGAGGGCUGAGGCCACUGGCACCUUUCAGCUCGCCAGGGCUAACCUAUUAUUCCUGAUCAACCUACCCUUGGAUGAGGAGUUAUUGACUGCCUGCAACAAUGACUUCAAGGAACUCUUUACCUUUCCAUCUAUACUGCAAACGACAACUGAAGAAGAUGGGACCUCCAACGAGUUACUAGGAGAGGUAUAUUUGGAAGUAGGGAAUAGCUGGCGCCUCUUGGGGAAACUAUUCCACCAGGGUGGCAAGAAUGGAGAGGGCCAACAAUCUUGUCGCUGCCUAAGAGGAAUCCCUUUCAUAAUCAGAACGAAUAAUGCAUUCAUUGAGGGAAGUAGGGACCCUGUCCUGAUGGCGGAGCCAACAUGUAUUGGACUGGCAGAUAAAGGCAAGACAAGGUUUUUCUUCAAGCACAACUUACAUUUCCCUCUUAUCCCUGCGCCCAUCAUUGCCCCUGCGGUCACCUCCACCCCUGCAGUCACCCCCACGCCUGUGGUCACCCCCUCCAUCGCCCCCGCCUCCGUCGUCGCUCCUGCACCUGUUCCUACUUGGUCUGAACAAGUAGUGACCAUGGUCUGGCGAGACACAUACAUACCUGGGGAUGAAGUCGCUCUCCAAAUGCUUCUUAACGGAAGCCACAGCAGCGACGUGGGCUUUUCAGUUGCCUUGGUCAUCGGGCUAACCAUCUUUCAUAGAGAAGAUCCAAAGCUAAUGUGUAUCAAAGGGAUUCCAGGCAAACUUUGCCAGCUUGGGGGCAAACACAAUGAAAUUUAUCAUAAUUGA